AUGCAGUUGAGCAAAGGAGCGAUCUUAGAAAUCCUUAAUGGAGCUACACCGAAUAAACCAGUGUUUCAGAUUGUCAGUGCCAAGAAAAUGGAAUCUGCAAGCUCCGCUGAACGCUACAGAAUUCUGUUGUCGGACAGCGAGCAUCUUUAUUCCCAUGUUAUGUUGACUGUACAGUUGAAUAAACUGAUGACCAACAACGACAUCACAAUCAACUCUGUCGUUGAAGUCACGAAAUACAUGUGUAACCAGGUACAAGGCGAGAAACGAAUUCUGGUCUUGUCUGACUUGAAUGUUCUUGCAAAAGGUAACCUAAAAGUUGGUGGUAGAAUUGGAAAUCCUGUACAGUUGAAUCCUGCUCAGUUGUCAGCUGUUGCGGCUGGGGUACCAAGCAGUCAUUCUGACCAGGCUGCUGUGAAACAAACCUCAACUAAUCAGGGUGGUCUAAACAACAAUGCAUUUAAAGCCAAUGAAAGCCGCACUACUCCAUCAACUCCUUCGAGAGUUCAUGAAAUAGCUACCCUAACACCCUAUCAGAACCGCUGGCGAAUUAGAGCGAGGGUCACUAUGAAAUCUAACAUCCGAAACUGGAGCAACUCUCGUGGUGAUGGGCGGUUAUUUAACGUCAAUCUCUUGGAUAGCAGUGGCGAAAUACGCCUCACCGGUUUCAACAGUGAGGUGGAUAAAUACUAUUCUUUGCUGGAAGUAAAUAAGGUUUACUACAUCUCCAAGUGCACCCUGAAGACGGCCGACAAGAGGUACUCUACGUUAAAUUGUGAUUAUGAGAUGACCAUGACCCCAGAAACAAUCAUCGAACCUUGUAAUGACGACGACGUUGACCUGCCAAUGAUGACCUUUGAUUUUGUAAAAAUUUCGGAUUUGGAAAAAUGCAAGAAUGGUAGUAGUGCAGAUGUUAUUGGUGUGGUGAAAGUCGCUAAUGAUGUUGGAACAGUCAUUGGGAAGCAGUCACAGAAAGAAAUUACCAAACGUGACCUUCAAAUUGUGGAUCAGUCAGGAGUUGCUGUAAAACUAACUCUGUGGGGAGACGAUGCUGUCAAUUUCAAUGGUCAGGGCUAUCCUGUUGUGGCCGUCAAGGGUGCUAAAGUUUCAGAUUUUGGUGGCCGAUCUUUGUCCGUAUCUGGCGGCAGUCAGAUGUUGAUAAAUCCUGAUUUAAAAGAAGCACACAUCCUUCGAGGCUGGUUUGAGAAUGAAGGCAGAGACCAAACCUUCAACAUGUUCCAGAGUGAUGGUUCUAUGGGAAGUGGACAGUCAACAAACUGGAAAAAUUUCCUGCAGGUGAAGACAGAAAACUUGGGUCAAGGUGAGAAAGCAGACUACUUCACAGCUAAAGCAACAAUCAUAUUUGUGAGGAAAGAAAACUGCAUGUACCAGGCAUGCCCAACUGCCGACUGCAACAAGAAAGUUGUUGAUCAAGGAAAUGGGCUCUACCGCUGCGAGAAGUGCAACCGAGAGUUCCCCAACUACAAGUGGAGGAUGAUCUUGAGUGUCAACCUCGCCGACCACACCGACAACCAGUGGGUCACAUGCUUCCAGGAAUCUGCUGAAUCCAUGCUGGGUAUCAAAGCUGAUGAACUCGGAGCCCUGCGGGAAACUGAUGAAGUGCAGUUUGAGAAGGUCAUAAAUGAUGCUCAGUUCAAGCAGUAUGUGUUUCGUCUGCGAGCUAAGGUGGAGACCUACAAUGACGAAAACAGGCUCAAGACUGUUUGUGUUGGGGCUACACCUGUCGACUGGAAAGAGACUGGCUAUCGCCUUAUUGAGCAGCUUUCUCAGAUGGGAAUCUAA